CAUCUGACGUCAUUUCCCCACACAGACACAAAGUCGUCUUUUCAGUCGGCUGGAAGUCCUCUCUUCCUCUAGCGCCAUUAUGGGUCGCAUGCAUGCUCCAGGAAAGGGCUUGUCCCAGUCGGCGUUGCCGUACAGGCGAAGUGUCCCCACUGUAAGUAUAACGGUUCAUCAAUAUUGUUGGGUCAAUAUUGGUCUGCUGUUUACUAUACCAGUGGAUGUAGGCAACUAGUGUCUACUAUCUACAUAAGACGGUGGCUGAAGCUGGCCUCUGAUGAUGUCAAGGAACAGAUCUUCAAGCUAGCCAAAAAGGGAUUGACCCCCUCUCAGAUUGGUGUCAUUUUAAGGGACUCCCACGGUGUGGCCCAGGUGCGCUUUGUCACCGGCAACAAGAUUUUGAGGAUCCUCAAGACCAAGGGCCUGGCCCCAGACCUCCCAGAGGACCUGUAUCACCUCAUCAAGAAGGCUGUGGCUGUCAGGAAGCAUCUGGAGAGGAACCGAAAGGACAAGGAUGCCAAGUUCCGCCUGAUCCUCACCGAGAGCAGGAUCCACAGGCUGGCCCGUUACUAUAAGACCAGGAGAGUAGUUGCUCCCAACUGGAAGUAUGAGUCGUCAACAGCUUCUGCUCUGGUGGCAUAAUCAUCACGUUUUGGAGAAAUAAAGAAUUUGGAUUCAAAUAUUAAUUUGUCUUUAUUUGAAGAGGAAAUGUUUGAGAAUAGUUUGUUUGGCUUUAUGAAGCCCACCAUUGAAUAACACUUCGGCAUGAAAUGGAUAGUGAAAGCUGUCUUUGUUAUUGUGCGGUCUUCAAUUUAAAUUCACACUGACCGAAAGGGGUAAGCGGGAAUUUACGGGCACUUUCAGUGCGUCACUAAAACAGAGGCAGUGUCUACAAUGGGGUACUUGGGUGUAACUGACACUUACUUGGUCCAAUCACAUGUUUUUACGACACGACUUGUUUGUCCAAUCACAUCAUGUUAUGACGACACGACUUGUUUAUAGUAGGGCAGUGUUGCAAUCAUUUGACAUUCACUCUACUCUAGCUACAACAAGAACGACUGGAAAUAUGGCGCCACUAAUCAACAUUUGAGAUUUUAUAUAAGUGGAAAGAAAUACAUUCUGGUGAAAAUGAAGCCUUUUCGUAUAGUACGACAACUGACGACGGAGAAUAAUCUAUUUGUUUUGGACGAGGAAUAUCAGAAUACGUGAGGAUAAUUCCUAGGAUCAUGGACAUCGCUCAAGAAAAAAUGGCAUCAAGUGUUGAUUUUAGGAAGGGUUCUCAUCGAACUGCGAUGGAGAGGUUUGGCGACGGGGGUAUGGCGCUUCUACCGUGGACCAAGCACGUACUGACCGUACUGUGGGAACAACUACGGGUGUUGGUCCAUGUCAUUUACUACAGCUUCUUGGCAGUUUUCCAAAUGUUCAGGUUUGAAGUUCACCUGAGAAUCACCGAUGAAACUGGUCAACACGUCCAGCACAUGACCACGGCAUCAAAUCCAGCUGACUCCUUCCUCUUCUCCUCAUUGUUUGACAGUGAAGAAAGUGUCAUGCUUGCUGGCUCUAACCCCCUAUCGAAUUUCUGUGGGGACGUGGGUGAUUCUUUCUCUGGGAAUCCCCACGCAGGGUCCCUUCUGUCCAGCCUACGAGCUGAGGAGCUGUGCUGCGGAUUGGUGGACGACUUCGUGUCCCGCGCCACAAUGGAUAGCGAAGAUGGACUUUGCCUUGGACUCCACCCCAGCUGGAAACUUGGCUUUCCAGGUGACUGGAACCUGUUUAUGAGCAGCACUGACAGCAGCUCCAGCUCAGAUGAAAUGUGUUGCAAGAACAAGGAGAAAGUGUUUGGCUUCAAACCCAAACAUGACACCACUGAAGAUGAUAUGGAUCUUAACUGGGGAAAGGAGGCUGACCGAAACAUGGGUGAGUUUGACAGCGAGGACAAUAAAGCACUUUGGGAGUCCUUGUCCAUCUCCAGCGACCCCUACAACCCUCUAUCUUUCUCCGCCUGCAUUUCAAGCUGCUCCAAUAUGGGGGAAGGAAAAAAUGAAGAUUGUGUUGGGAGCCGCCUCGAAUGUAACUUAUCCAGCAGGCCCGGAGAAGAACUUCAAGAGACCUGCGGUGGCGUGAACUUCUGGAGCAGCCGUUCAGAUAGUGAAAGCAGCUGGGGCAGUUCUGAAGGUUCGUGCGCAGACCUGGACAAAGAGGAGAGUGAGAGGCUCUGGGAGCUCUUCACCAGCCCCACCGACCCAUAUAACCCCCUGUGCUUCACGGCAUCUGUAGUCAGCUCAGUCCCUCACACAGACAAAACACUUACACACUUCCAGGAGGCUGAAGGGGCCUCAGUCAUGACCUCAUGUUCUUCUGACACAGAGAGGGAGAGUGUGGGCCAUUCCUCUUCUGAGGAUGAUGAGGAGCAGCAUCUAUGGAUGUCCCUCUCCCAAAACGACGACCUUUACCACCCUCUGAACUUCCGUGCCUGCUUCCAGAGAUCCCCGAAAACCACAGAACCACCUGCCUUCAGCACUAAAGACCCACUUACUCCACAUAGCUGCCCCACAGAGACACCACUCGGCCAGGCUAAGCAGAGGGGGACCAAAAAACCCCAAACAACCAGGCCCACAAAGCCUUGUCUACCCAAGAGACCGCGGAAGCAGCAUUGCCACCCAGCUACUACACUGGUGCCCUGGAGGAGACCUGAAGCUAAAGUAACACAGGAAGACAAGGACAUCCAUCCUCUAAAAAAGGUGCGGUUCUCACCUCUUGUUCAGGUCCACGUGAUGCGUACCUGGCCCUUCGCUAGGCAUGUGUCUCGCAAAGGACCCUGGGAGGAGCUAGCCCGAGACCGAGGCCGGUUCCGAAGGAGGAUCCAGGAAGCAGAGCAGACCAUUGACUACUGCUUCAGUCAGUCUCACAGAGAGAAGAUCUGGGCCAAUCUGCUUAGCAUUUCAACAUCAGCCACUCCUCUGGUCCAAGUGCUCCGAACAUAAAUGUUUCUCCAUAAUUUUCUAUUAGACUUUUGACUGGUUGCAAUGCAACACAUGUUUUUAGGUCCAUUAGAACAAAGGUGGUCCUAGGCCAAUAGGAUUUGGCAUCAAAUGUUACCCACACUGUACCUCAAAACACUCAAGUGACUGUUGCACUGAUUUUAUAUUUAUUAUAGUUUUUAAUCUUGUAUGUAAUGUACUUUUGUAUGCCUUACUCAUUGAUCCAGCUAUGUAAUUUAUUCAUGCCCUAUGGAGCUUGUUUUUAUUGUGAAUGUUUGAAGUGUUUGAAUUGUAUCAGUUUUGAAAUAUUCAUGCUAAUCCAAGUAUGUGGUGUAUUUAGAACUCUAUUUAUUAUUAUUAUUAGCAGAUGGUAUUUGUGAUCAUACUGUAGUUAAUAAAUAAAACCUUUUUUCACACCAUAA